UGUGUUCUCACUGAGGUAGUCUUCUCUCAGUGUGACUGUAGAUGUGCUCGGAGCACCGGAUUAUCCAAACAGAACGCUGCACGCGCGCGCUACCAACGCGUCACAUCUCACCAAAGUGCAUGCCAGAACCAGAGCAGAGCGAGAAGACAGCACCAACAGUUACCCGUUCCUGAGUCCUGCAGGCGAACAGUUCUGGAAUCAUGCCGAAGCACGUGGAGGUUAGGGUGCACGAAAGCCACCUGGAGCCCAUCGAGGCGAGGCCAAGCUCCAAAUUGGGAACAAUAUGUCAGAAGAUGUGCAAGAACCUGCUGCUCACGCUGACUGUGAUGGGUGUGAUUUUGGGAGCUGUUUCUGGGAUGCUGCUGCGUGUGGCUUCUCCGAUCGAUGACAACAUUGUCAUGGUAAUUGCCUUCCCUGGAGAUAUUCUAAUGAGGAUGCUAAAAAUGCUCAUCCUUCCCUUAAUCAUCUCCAGCUUAAUCACAGGUCUCGCUGGUCUGGAUGCAAAGUCAAGUGGUCGUCUGGGUACCAGAGCCAUGAUUUAUUACAUGACCACUACUAUCAUUGCUGCUGUGCUGGGGGUCAUCCUGGUGCUCCUCAUCCACCCCGGAAACCCAAAACUCAAGGAGAAUCUAGGAGAAGGAGCCGUGAAUGAUGAGGUUUCCAGUCUUGAUGCCUUUUUUGACCUUAUCAGAAACCUCUUCCCUGAGAACCUGGUUCAGGCUUGCUUCCAGCAGAUUCAGACCGUCGUGAAGAAGGUAGAAGUUCAGCCUGAUUUCGAUGACACCAACAGCACUGACUAUCUGUCCAAUGCCACCAAACCACCCCCUAUUUUCAUAGACAAGAAAUCUCUCCAGUUCAAGAGCGGCAUGAACGUGCUGGGUAUAAUUGGAUUCUUCAUUGCCUUUGGUAUUUGCAUGGGCAAGAUGGGAGAGAAAGCUAGGCUCAUGAUUGACUUCUUUAACAUACUCAAUGAGAUUGUGAUGAAGCUGGUUAUCAUGAUCAUGUGGUACUCUCCCUUUGGCAUCGCCUGCUUGAUCUGUGGAAAGAUCAUCUCUAUCAAAGAUCUGGAGGUGGUAGGCAGGCAGCUGGGGAUGUACAUGGUGACGGUUAUUAUUGGUCUGAUCAUCCAUGGUGCCAUAUUCCUGCCAUGCAUCUACUUUGCAAUUGUUCGGAAAAACCCCUUCUCGUUCUUCAUGGGCAUCUUCCAGGCCUGGAUCACGGCUCUGGGCACAGCCUCUAGCGCUGGCACUCUGCCCGUAACGUUCCGGUGUCUUGAGGAAAACCUUGGUAUUGACAAGAGAGUUACACGUUUUGUGCUUCCUGUUGGAGCAACAAUUAACAUGGAUGGAACGGCCCUCUAUGAGGCUGUGGCUGCCAUUUUUAUUGCCCAGAUGAAUGGAAUUUAUUUAGAUCCAGGUCAAAUCAUCACUGUCAGUCUUACAGCAACACUUGCCAGUGUUGGGGCAGCAAGUAUUCCCAGUGCUGGACUGGUCACCAUGUUACUCAUUCUGACAGCCGUUGGACUUCCUACUCAAGAUAUCAGUCUGCUGGUGGCUGUUGACUGGCUUCUGGAUCGUUUCCGUACCUCAGUUAAUGUGGUUGGAGACUCAUAUGGGGCUGGCAUCGUCUACCAUCUGUCCAAGGCAGAGCUGGAUGCUCUGGAUGCCCAACAUGGGAAGUCUGAUGAUAUAGAGAUGAUGACCAAGACCCAGUCCUACUAUGAUGACCUCAAAAACCAUCAUGAAAACAACUCCAACCAGUGCGUCUAUGCUGCUCAAAAUUCUGUCUUAUUAGAUGAUUGCAAGGUAACCUUGGCAGCCACAAACGGCUCAACUGCAGAGUACACGCUCGUUGAGGAAGAACCUUGGAAAAACGAUUAAUGCAAGCACACAGACCCCAGCACCCCAAAAGAGAGAGAAAAACAACCUGUAUUCAUGCACAUAGAACAAAUGGGUUUUGUAGUUUGUUUGUAUGGUUUCUAUUCUUUUCUAACAUGUUUAACAAUAUUAUAUUGUCUCAUGUAACACAAGAAUGUGAGGCCAAAAGCUCACACAUGCAGCUGACAUAAUGUUAUUGAGGCAGUUACAUAAAUUAUUUGCGAUGCUAAUAAACAUAUAUACAUCAAUUUCCAAACGUACAUAUUUUGAAAAAGGGUGAAAAAGGUGAAUUGUUCAGAGGGAGAACAGACAGAUAGCAAAGCUUCUUGCAAAGCCAUUGCCCACUGCUCUUUAUAUGAUGGAAACCUGCUCGUCUGCCUCUAGUUCCUUUGGCUUCACGACACCGUAGCACCUCUCGGUCCGAACAAAUCUUACAGCCGCUUCUCAAAAGGCUAAUAUGGUGUUGCUAGGAUACAAAAGUAGGGACGGAGGCGACCGCACACAGAUGGAAGGAAAAGCACAAGUCGCGUUUAUUUGGAGAGCCUCCUCCCCUGGAGCUGCUUUUAUCACAUCGCUCACAGGAGUGGGGGGUUUUCUGUCAAGGAAACGGAUAGUAGGAUGUUUCUCGUAUGUAUGUUGGUGAGUCAGUGGCACAAUAGCACAAAAACCAUUCAGGCCAUUAUAUUUACCAUUUCAUUUCUUACAAGAGCCCUUUGUGUCAUCCAGAUGUACUGAAAUAUGCAAUGCAUGCCUUAUGUUUAGUUCACGAUAAAGCACAAAUUGUCAAUUUUUGUUGUACAACCAAAACAUACAGUGAACAUACAGCUGAUGGCUUUAGUGUUAAAAAUCAUCAACCUUUUGAGAUAACAGAAGCAUCUUUUCAAAUAGCAUGCCUAUUUUUAUGAUUUGGUGUGGUGUGUGCUAAACCUGGACUGGCAUUAUUAACGACUCCAUUCUGAUUAUUCAUAUGUCCAGUAUGCUGAGAGCACACAACCCAUCUAAAGUAUAUUACUGCCUUUGUCCACAAACAAUAUAUAUUCAAUUUGUAUUCUACAGUUCGUCUAAAGCUUUUUUCCUUCCACUGGUGAGAUAUAGAGAUAUACUCAGGCAUAUAAAAUAUAUUCAUUUUUUUUCCAGGAAAAAUUUUGUCAGGGAAAGCAAAAACAUUGCUAAUGCUAAGGCCCAGUUAGCCUGCUGGACUGUUUACUGUUUACCUGUUUUUAUAAUCCAAGUAGAUUUAAAAUACCUAAAGGCUCCAUUUCUUUCACUGCAGACAUCUUUUUUUCUUUUUUCAACAUCUAUUUUAAAUGAGCUGAAGUUCUUACCUCUGAGAGACAUCGCCAAGGCUAUUGUAACUAUUUUUAAUCAGUUGUUGAGCUUUGGAAAAUCUCAUCUAAAUUAACUACGAAGCCAAGUAGUAUUACAAUGGAUGAGUUAAAUCAUCAUAAAGAGGAUGAUUUUGUAACUGAGCUGAGCCAAAACGCUACCUCUGGAUGUAUUAUCCUCGUAUUCAUCUCUGACAGCAUCUAUCCCUCAUAUUGCAAACGACUGUUUCUUAGCCCCGUAAUGCUGCAAAACACACAUAGGCCCAACUUUCCAUCACUUCCUGACAGCCUGAUCAAUCAACAUGCACAUUCCACAUACCUCACUAUGCCAAUCAGAGAUUCAGAAAUCCAGACGAACACACUUCUUCCCUGUGUGUGAUCUUUGAUCACAAUAUUCUAAAAAUAUAGUUUUUUUUUUAAUUGUGUAUUUGGAUUAUUUUAAACACUACCCUGACAAAGCUAAACAAAGAUACCAGUAGAACUCUACCCCUAGUAUGUCUAAUUAAUUUAAGACAUCUUGCUAUGAUGCUUUGCGAACUAAACAGCUCUUUGAUGUUCCAGUCUUCUAACCCUUGCCAAGAGAAUAAAUGCCAUAUGAGCACAAGUUCAUGUUGCCACAUUGUAUAGUGUGUGGAAUCAUAAUGUGAAUUUUAGAUGUUGUGAGUGUUGCCCAUCAAAAGGCAAACGUUUGAGACUUCUGAGAUUGUUUGGUCAUUGAGCGUUGAGCCACUCUUGCGUUUUAUCUAUCUGUUAGAUCUGUUAGAUGCAUGGACAUUUAGUGUUUUUGCACCAGUUCUUAAAAAGCAUGAAUUUUAAAGUGCCUCCUUCCACUUUGUGUAUAUAUUGAAGGCAGGGGCGUCGCUAGUGGGGGAAGAGCGGGCCUGAGCACAGAGCCCUGAGCUAUUUGUGUGGCCCCUCAGGGUCCUCUCCCCCCAAUCCACCCUCCACUGAGGGGACCACAGUCCACGAGUCCUGGCGAGGGAUAUUGACCCAAUGAAAUGUGCUGUACAGCAGGCCCAGAAAACCUAGCGAAGUCACUGAUUGUAGCUUAGUUGAGAUAGUGUUUAAUUGAUGUCACAGUUUUAAUGAAGUGUUUUUGUAAUCCUAUAGAAACUAUACCCACUCUGAGCUGCAUAAGGUGCAAUUCUAUAGUGAAAUAGAAAGGUAGUACUUUGCUUCAGUUUAAUUCAGACUAGCUCUCUUAGCAAUUUCAUAUCAAUUAUUCUAUAUGAUCUAUGUUUGGAAUGUUUUUCCCUACAUACAUUUAUGUGUCCCUAAAUUUCUAUGUAAUCUAACAUCAGACUCAAAAAAGAAGAUAUUUGUAUAUUAUAUAUAGCAUCUCCAAAUAUUGAAGCUAUAUUUUUGAAGAUGUUAUACAAUAAACAUGUCUUAAUUUGAUGAUGAGAACAUGUAAGAACGUGUUGUCUUAUAUAUGCAUUUGUGUUAUAUUUACAUCAAAAAUAUGUAACAUCCUAAAGUUAUGAUAAGACAUGCUGAAUUUGAAUAUACUUGAUGAUAUAACCACACUGUAUUAAGUCUGUGUUGAGCCACAUCCACAGUAUCUGUAAAACAUUUCUCAGUUUCUUGCUGUCUGUCUUGCACUUGACUUCCCAAUGUUUCUUUUCAGUGUUUCUGAUGUAUUUUAUACAUGCACACAGACACACAUACACAAACAUUUACAGGCAAUUGUGAUUAUUUUUCUAGAAUAACCCAGGUUUAUUAUUCUGACUUAAUUGUGUACAUCUGGAACCAUCAUUAGUAGAUGGUUUGCAUUUCUUACAUUGGUCUUAUACGUAAACCCAUAUGUUAUUUUCUCUCACCCUUUUUGUGAUGUGAUUAUUUUAUGUAAAGGGAGAAGAAACUAUAGUCAAAAUGGUAAAAUAAAUGAUUUCCUGUUUCUUAGCUGUGAAAUAAAAGUGAAUUCAUGCAUAUCCAUAUGUGUUGUACCAUUGGUGUACAUACAGUUAUUAUAACUAAUAAAUGUUGAUUCAUAACUAA